CGGGGACGGCGCGUGUGUCGGCGCCGCGAGAUUGUGCGUGGCGGGUGCAUCGGAGAGAUCGGAGACGCCGACGCGCGCCGGGAAAUUCGCGGCGCGCGUUCGCCGAAUCUGGAAGAUCUCUAGGAGCCCGGGGCGGCGGCCAAUAAGCGCGGCGGACGAGUCACGCGGUGCGCGCCGUGCGGGACUUGCGGGAGAGCGAGCGCUCCGCGCGCGCGAGGAUCGGCUGACGUUUCACGCGGUUGCGGUUUUUUUCCGUCCGCCGUCCGCCUCGGCGAUGAUCUGACACCCUGAUCACGCUUCUACCUGCGACUCGGGGAAAGUACGGCGCGCCUGAGACAUGACGGAGAUAGAGUGGAUAUCGCGGCCCAUGGAAUAUGGGGCUGUCAAGUUCGCGUGCCUGGAGGAAGCUGUGGAUCAUCCGUUGAAGCCAGUUGUCGUCACUCUAAUCGAUGGACGCAGCGCGGCCAGACGCAGCGCGUUACGAAGUACGAGCACCGGUUCCUCCACCGGAACACCCACACCGACGCACACGCCAGUGCCUGCGAAUCCGCUGAGCGACCCGUUGCUAAGUCACCCUUCCCUGGACGGCUCCGACCCCCUUACGCAGUUUGCUCGAGAAGAGUUGGAUCCUCUCUCGAAGAUGGCUGCGGACGAGUGGGAUUAUUCUAACGUCGCGCCCGUGGGUAAAAAGUCGAAAGACACGGCGGAGGAACUGGUAGAGCCAUGGUCCGUUAGACGCUCCGCUAUACUGAGCAAAUAUACAACUUCCGAAAAGCUGUCGAUCGUCACCAGUUUCUUACCAGGUGGAGAGAAAGUCGUGGUGAAAGUUCAGCCAAGCGGGCCGAUGGUCGACAAGGUGAAAACGCGACUCGAACAGUUGGACGACUUCGAGGAGGGCUCCGUCAGGCAAAUGUUGGACUUGUCGCAGCAACAGUACACCGCGCGAAUCGAGCAGUUAAACAACGAACUAGUGCAGGCGUGGCAUUCCGACCAAAGAGUGAAGGCGCUCAAAAUUGCAAUACAGUGUGCCAAAUUGUUGGUAGAUACGUCCGUAAUGGCUUUUUAUCCGAGCAAGUUUGUUCUCAUCACAGACAUCUUGGAUAUCUUUGGCAAACUUGUAUACGAGAGAUUGAAAAUGAAGGCUGAGUAUUACAAACCAGGCAGUAAAGUACCUACGAGCCUGCCCGAUAAUUUUACACCCGAUAUGGUUCCGGAGAAUGCGAAGGAAACUUGUCGGAAUUGGUUCUACAAGAUAGCUUCUAUACGCGAGCUGGUACCGCGCUUGUAUGUAGAAAUGGCGAUAAUAAAAUCAUACAGCUUUCUAACGACGAGCGAAUUCAAUACUGCUUUGCUACGUAUAACGCGUAUGAUAAGAGGUAUCGGAAAUCCGUUGAUAGCCGUUUACGCGAGAUGUUAUUUAUGCCGCGUGGGACUGGCGUUGAACAAAACGUCGGACUUUGAGUUUGUCAGGGAGAACCUUUACGACUUUCUUUUUACAUAUCAGCAGCUAUUUGGGACUGCUGUGAAAAACGAAAUAGUGAGGCAAAACGUCACCCUGCAUUCGUAUCUCAAUCUAUAUUCGCCAGCUCUGGAUUGGAUCGUACAGGUUUUGGUGGCGACAUCGCCCGAGAGCCUUCUCGAAGAGGUUCUAUCUCGAUGUAAAAAACAAGAGAACGGAUCGUUAUUGUUAAAUACAGUGCUGACUGCAUUUAAACCGACGUACAUUGCUGCGCGUGCCAUGGACUUUGUCAAUUUAAUUGUGGCGAGCGAAGACGAUGGAUAUCCUCAAUAUCUCUUGUAUCGAAGUUUGGGAGAAUGUCUUGUGCGAGAAUCUCCGCCGAAAGAGGACUGUCAGUCGGUGCUUAACGUGAUAUGGAAAUACAUAACGGACCUCACAGAUCCCAGCAAAUUCAUGCAUUGCAUCGAGAUCUGGAUUCAGUUCACUGUCAUACACUUUUCUGUGAACGAAUUAAAUUUAUUUUUCGGCAAAAUAAUAGACCGGCUACGACCGAACAAAGCUUUCGAGAAUUAUUAUCCACAAUUGCAGAAUAUUGUGGAGAAGAUAGUCGCCCAGACGCAAGAUUUCGAAUCGCUGCUUGCCAUAGACAAUUUUCUACCCCUAAUUGACCUGUUCCACAAGGAAAGCGUGAAGGUUGAAGUUUGUAAAACUGUUAUAGAAGGAUUGAGUGCGCAAAGCGGACCUAUUACGGAUCCUAUUAUUAUAAACGCCCUGAUGUUUAUCGCAAGAAUAAUGCACGACUCCGUUAGUGCUCUGACCGUCGAAGACGAGAAACGGCAGAUCGGACAGUUAAUAUGCGGCCUAGUGCAACGAGUAGAUUAUGGUCGUGAUUUUGAAAAGCAGCUUAGUUUCUACGCAGAGGCCAGGGCGGCAUUUCCUAAUCUUGAUAGCGUUCAUAUACAACUUGUACAGUGCGUAAACAGAUUAUCGGUGGAUACUAGAAAGAUAGUACGCGGCCAUCAUACGAGAAGAACAUCGGCAUUUGUACGCGCCUGUGCUGCAUUCUGUUUUAUUACUAUACCGUCGUUAACUUUAGUCCAUACACGCCUUCAAUUAUAUCUGUUGUCUGGACAGGUCGCCCUUUUGAAUCAAUGUCUAGGCCAAGCCGAUGCCUGCUUCAAGGCCGCUUUAAGUUUAGUUCCGGAAAUGCCGAAGACCAUCGAUAUCGAUGGAAGACAGAAAAGCUCGCAGCCGCACUUGCUCUCAUACUUAUCGAAUUUCUUGUCAACAUUGCUAGUAGUUCCCGAUAGCCCAGAGCACGGAGUCCUGUAUCUGAUGAGAGGCUUGCUCAAUGCUGUUCAACGUUGCUUCGAGGAGAAUACAUCGACCAAACCAUAUUUGUAUUUACGUGUACUCGACCUUCUUUCAACAGUCGCACAGGAAAAUUAUCCAUAUCACAUCGAUAAGGUUGACUCAAAUGAUAAGUUGUAUGGAUCUGAUCAGAAAUUUAUUGGCGAAGUCAAUAAAAUAUGUUCGAAGGUUGUCGAGGAAAUCUUGAGUCAUCUCAAGUACCUUGGAUCUACCGAGCAACUUGAUAAACAAUCGGCCCUGGCACUCGAAUUGUUUAAUUGCUUCAUUAUUCGUGCAGAUUUACGGGACGCUGCAUUAGCGAACAUGGCUGUAAAUUUGUGGCACUUGUCGCAACGACAUGGCUCGGUGGAUUCUAAAGUUACGAUGAGAACGAAGGCUUACAUGAUCCAGAAGAGUCAUCAUCAGGAAUACGACCAUUUUGCCGAAAUACUCAGGAAAAUGUCGAGAUGAAGGAUAUUGGGGCUUGUCGAUAACAAGCAGGACACGGCUCAAACAUUUUUUUAUUGGCAGUUCUUUUGGAAGACACUUUGUAAUUGUGCAAUAAUAUUUCUGAUUAUAUCAGUCGAGCCAAUGAACAAACAACAGCAGAAAAAUAAAAUAUAAAUUAUAGCAAUUAA